AUGUGUGUCAACAUAAUGAUGACCUGGUGCAGCGAUUGUAGUGACACGCCUGGAGUUAUCAUCAAAACAUUUCCAACAUCUAACGAUAAUAACAGCAUCAUGGAUAAUAAAAAGACUGUGCCUUGCCCCUCAUGUGGUCAUCGGAUCAACUGCUACGAGAAGGCUCGAAUUCAUGAUCUUCCAGGGUUGCCAGCCGGAGUGAAGUUUGAUCCAAGUGAUCACGAACUGCUUGAGCAUUUGGAAGCGAAAGUGCGUUUAGAUGCACAUAGGAUCCAUCCUUUGAUCGAUGAGUUCAUACCUACAGUUGAGGGUGAAAAUGGAAUUUGCUAUACUCAUCCUGAGAAAUUACCAGGAGUGAGCAAGGACGGUUUGGUUCGACAUUUUUUUCAUAGACCAUCCAAAGCGUACACCACAGGAACAAGGAAACGAAGAAAGGUGCAUAGUGAGAUUGAUGGGAGCGAGACUAGAUGGCAUAAAACUGGCAAGACUAGGCCAGUUUUUCUGAAAACAAAAGUUAAAGGCUACAAGAAGAUACUUGUGCUUUACGCUAACUAUGGGAAGCAAAAAAAGCCAGAAAAAACGAAUUGGGUAAUGCAUCAAUACCAUUUGGGUAACAAUGAAGAUGAAAAAGAAGGUGAAUUGGUUGUAUCCAAGAUUUUUUACCAAACACAGCCUAGACAAUGUGGCUCCAACGUUGUCAAAGACAAUAUAAUAUCACCCCUUGUGAAAUCAAAUGGUCGAAAUGCACAUGAAGUUACUCAUGGUACUAAUAAUACCACCUUGGUCGAGUACUUCAGCCCCUCGCUCGUUUCUUACCAGCAAAAUCUUCAACAACAUGCCCAUGAUUUGAAUUUUCAUGAUGGAUCUUCGGUUGUACCAUGA